AUGGGUGGUUGCCUCUCAACUCAAUACGAAAAACUCAGCUCCCACCUUCGGAAAGGAAUUCUUAUCUCUCUCUCUCUCUCUUUCUUUCUUACUUUUUUUUUUUUUUUUUUGCAAAUUCUGGAAUUUUCUCUCUUUCACAUUUUUACACUCUCUCUCUUUCUCUUCUACACAUUUUUACUUUUCUCUCCUCUGCCCGUUUCUCCCUCACCUUCGUCUUUCUCAGCUCUCUUUCUCUCAGCGGCGUCUCCCUUUUCUUUUUGUAAUUUUGUUUGCUCACUCUUCUUUUCUCUACUAAUCUCUCCACUUGACUCUUCUCUCUGUCCAUUUUCUCCAAUUCUAAUUUAUUAUACUUUUUUACUCCUUACUCACUCUUUCCUCUCUCCUUCCCUUUUCUCCGUUACUGUUCGUUUCUUCAUCCAUCUAUCUAUCUAUCUAUCUAUCUUUUCUUUCUUUUUUUUUUUUUCCUCCUCUCUCUCUUUUGUCUUUCUAAAUCUUAAUUGUAGGCAUCAAAAAAGUACCUUCCUCAUGUUGUUGAUAUUUAAAAUUAUUCUUUCUGUUUGUACUUUUUUUUUCUCAUUCCUUCUCAGACGUCCCAAUUCGAACGUGUUUUUGUCUCUCAUUUUACAUAAAGAAUUCUUCUUACGCUUUCUGUCUCCUUUUUUAAAACAUUUACUGCCUCUUUUUAUUCAAUUCCUUCUUAUAUGCCAGACACUUCCACGGCAAUCGUACACCUGCUACACACUCACUCACUUUAAGAAGUCUUUUCUCUUUCAUUACUAA